AUGCAGUUCCGAGGCGGCCCCAUCUCCAUUGCGGAGUACAUGUCGGAGGUGCUGACUAACCCGAGCGCGGGAUACUACACGACGAGAAAUGUGUUUGGGGAGGCUGGCGACUUCAUCACCUCACCUGAAAUCUCACAGCUCUUUGGAGAGAUGGUGGGCAUCUGGUGCGUGUGGAUGUGGCACGAGAUGGGCAGGCCGCAUGCUCUGAGGCUGGUGGAGCUCGGCCCUGGCAGGGGCACUCUCUUGGCAGACCUGCUGCGAUCCACAGCCACCUUCAAGGACUUUGCCCUGUCUGUCUCUGCAGACCUCGUUGAGGUGAGUGAUGCUCUGAGAGAGCGGCAGCGAAGCGCUCUGGACUGCAGCACGACAGCGACAGUGUCUGAUGAUGGAGUUGAGGGCCACACCAGCGGCCUGACUGGAAUCCCGGUGAGGUGGCAUAGGAGCCUGGACACAGUCAGCAGUGACUCACCCGCCAUCUACAUCGCGCACGAAUUCUUUGAUGCGCUGCCUGUGCACCAAUUCCAGCGCACAGACAGGGGUUGGAGGGAACGCCUGGUGGACGUGUCAGAUGAUGACAGCGACCCGCUGCACCUGCGCAUGGUCCUGGCGCCAAAUCAGACGCCAGCCUCCAAGCUGCUCCUGUCACGCCGUCUUGAGGCGUUGCCUCCCGAUGCUGAUCAGUGGUUGCGCUUCCUGGAGAUCUGUCCUCAGGGCAUGGCGAUAGCGGGGGACCUGGCGCGGCGGGUGACUAAGGAGGGGGGCGCCGCGUUAGUUAUCGACUACGGGAGGGAUCGCCCCUACCCGGCCUCUCUGGCGGCCAUCCGUGACCAUGGCUUUGUCAACAUGCUGUCAGCGCCGGGGCUCGCUGACCUCAGCGCGCACGUUGACUUCAGCGCUCUCAGGCAGGGAGUGAGUGAGGCGACAGAGGGCGCAGCGUGCUGCCACGGCCCCAUACCACAGGCGCAGUUUCUGGAAGCGCUCGGCAUCCGGGAGCGGCUGGCGGCGCUGCUAGAAAACGCCUCAGAAGAGGAAGCCGGCCACUUAAUAAGCAGUUAUGAGCGCCUUAUGGCUCAGCCGCCAAUCAAAUGGCUCCAACUCCAGAUGCAAAUUGUGGGGGAGAACAUUGCCCACCAGCUGCAGGAGCUUCUUAAGACCACAGAUCCUGCGAAUCGCGCGGUCAUUGAAAAGGAGAAGGACCGGCUUGAAGAAAGGGAGAAGAAACUGCUGCAGCUAUUCGGUGCCCUGCAGACUCAGCAGGCUGGCCCAGCAGGUGCAGUCCUCACAGCGGCAAGCGCUCUACCUGCUGAACCAGAGUUGCAGAAGUUCUGGUAUCAGCUUGCUGCAGUCAAGGAGCUGAGCACACUUGAUUCAGCCCAGUUCUUGCAGUUAGGCAACAAUGCCCGCUUCCCGCAAGAAAGAAAUAGCAGCCUUCUUGUGCGGCGGUGCUAUUUGGAGCUCAGCCAAAUCUUGCUCGAAUACCUUGAGGCCGAGGGGCACACUUUUAUCAUCACUGGGAAUCCAGGUAUUGGCAAGAGCCUGUUCCUCUACUUCCUGAUGUGGCUGCUGGUCCAGUUGGGAAGGACAUUCGUGUGGGACAGGCGGGGUGCAAGUGCGGUGGUCCUGUUCAGUCCCACGGGAGUGUACCUGGUGGACGGGAAGCCUCCGUUGUACACAGCAGCCAAGACGGUGCUUGUCACUUCUCCUGACUGGGAUGUCUGGAAGGAAGCCAAGAAGCGGCCACAAUCCCUGCUCAGGCACAUGCCCACAUGGAAUUGGGGAGAGGUGGAGGCAGCCCGCAAGCAAAUCUUCAGCACGCAGGACGAGGAAGAUGUUGCGAGCAGGUACAGCAAGUGGGGCGGAAUUCCCCGCUUUGUGCUCCAGAACACUGACUCGGAAGACCAGGCCCUGCUGCAGCUAGCUCUUGACGAGUGCACAAUCGACAAUCUCGCCAGCGGCAUGAUAGACCUCAGUAGCGCCUCUGAAAUCAGCCACAGCCUCCUGCACCAGACGGUGGAAGCAGGCUAUCUGAGGGGCCCGGUGGUGUUCGCAUCAGACUGGGUGCAGGCAGAGCUGAUCAACAGAUAUCUGCAUUUCACGAAACAUAAGGUACACGACUUCCUGGCAGCAUCGGGGGGUACGCCCACCAUCGCAGCCUUCAGGGGAGCGCUCUGGGAGCGCUAUGCACAUGUGGCCCUGCAGCGCGGGGGGACCUUCAGCUGCAGGGACCUGCAAGACGCAGAAGCUGGCCCCUUCAAGAUUGAGCUCGAGCCAUGCAGCAGCUCUGUGGGUUUGUGGUACCUCCAGGACAUCACCACACAGCUUGACAACGGCGUGUAUGGCUGGGGCAGGAGCAAGAACUUGCCCGCAAUCGAUGCAGUCGUCCAGCCAGACAAGCUGUUCCAAAUUACUGUGCUUGGAGACCACAGGAUCAAUGCAAAGGGCCUGACCAAUGCUGUGCGUGCAAUGCGGGGCGAACAGCAGGCAGUGCAGCUGUUCUUUGUUGUCCCGCCGGAUGUGUUCAGCAGGUACACAAAGCAGACAUUAAAGCGAAUCAGGGUAGACCUUGAAGCAGAGCAUGUGGCCCGUGCAGGCAAGCAGUUUGUUUUUAGGCUCAAUUUCUGAUUAUGAGACAACGAAACUCCCAAGACGAUUCUGCGAGUUAUUGACAGGUGGGAAACUAUCAACAGAAACUAAUGUAGUGGUCGCUGAUGCGGUGGAUUUCACAGCAUUUAAAAGAGGAAUGCACAU